GGGUCACGAAGGGGGCGGGGGGGAGUGAGUGGGCAAGAUGGCGCCCGGCGAGUAGCUCUCCCCGGGUUCCUCCAACGGCAGCGGAGACGCCGGGGCGGGGGGUCCUGCCUCCUUUGCCUGCUUUCCUUCUUUCCCCCGCCCCCGGAGGCCUCCUCCUUCCCUUCCUCCCUCCACCUCAGGGGGCGGGCCGGGUUCUCGGACACCAUGUCGGACUCUGAGGAGGAGAGCCAGGACCGGCAACUGAAAGUCGUCGUGCUGGGGGACGGCACCUCCGGGAAGACUUCCUUAGCUACGUGUUUUGCUCAAGAAACUUUUGGGAAGCAGUACAAACAAACUAUAGGAUUGGAUUUCUUUAUGAGAAGAAUAACAUUGCCAGGAAAUUUGAAUGUUACUCUUCAAGUUUGGGACAUAGGAGGGCAGACAAUAGGAGGCAAGAUGUUGGAUAAAUAUAUCUAUGGAGCACAGGGAAUCCUCUUGGUAUAUGAUAUUACAAAUUAUCAAAGCUUUGAGAAUUUAGAAGAUUGGUAUACUGUGGUGAAGAAAGUGAGUGAGGAGUCAGAAACUCAGCCACUGAUUGCUUUGGUGGGAAAUAAAAUUGAUUUGGAGCAUAUGCGAACCGUAAAACCUGAGAAACACUUAAGAUUUUGCCAGGAAAAUGGUUUUAGUAGCCACUUUGUGUCAGCUAAAACAGGAGACUCUGUCUUCCUGUGUUUUCAGAAAGUUGCUGCAGAAAUCCUUGGAAUCAAAUUAAACAAAGCAGAAAUAGAACAGUCACAGAUUAGGAGAUUGUGAAGACAGAAGAGGUGAAAUAACUUGUCCAAAGUUACGAUGUUACUAGCAACAUGUUAGUGACCCAUUGUGUGGAAGAAGAAGAAGAGUAACUCAAUUUUCUUUUGUUCCUGCUACGUGCAGCCUAUGCUUUUUAACCCGCUGUAAUCCAUGCUUCACAGGAUAUUCUAUAAUCAUGCUGCACUUUGAAUAUAUAUCAACCAAUCAAAAUAUUCUUUUUAAAAACAGUUAACAUAUCUCAGAAACAGAAAUCAUGUGUUUAUGUAAAUGUCUGUAAUAUGUAGAAUAAUGACAGUAACAAAUGUUUGACUUUGAAUGAUAGUAAAUGUUUGAGUCUUCAGUGUGUAUGUACUUCUUAUCUUGGUUAUGACAAACUACAGCUUUUGCAGCAGUAAAUACUAUCUAGAAUAAGGCAAAGUUACAUGAUUGACCAAUUUAUCUUUAGUAUCUUCUCACAAGUUCAUCUAUAUUCUUUAUACCUUUUACCCAACCCUUAGGCUACCUUCUUGCUUGUGCUUUGGAUCCUGACCGUUUCUGGUAUCUAAUUGCAAGUGCUCUUUGACAUGAUCAGAAUUAAGCUGGUGUUUACAUGUCUUCUUGCCUUUUAGGACCACCUUAUUAUUUAUACGCCACUGACCAAUAGCAAAGAAUAGUUGGGUGUACUUUCUGGCUCUAAAAAUAAAGGUUGGUGUUUUGUAGGCAAUGUCUCUCAAAAAAAUCAGUAAAUGGCUUAUAAACAAAGUGGUGCUGUGAAAUACCUACCAUGAAGUAGUUUAUGACAUAGAAAUUAUAUUUUUCUACUCAUAGUGAGCAAAGUUUUGAAUCUGCAGAGCCUUCAUUAUGGUUAAAAGUUUGGAAACAUUGUACAAAGCUUAAUGUGAAAUAAUCAACACCCCCAGGAAAGAUGUUGCCUUGUUAAUUCUUCAUUAAUUUGAUAAAAAUGAAUGAUGAAUACCCAAAUAAUUUAUGUUAGUUAGUACUUUGACCAAAAUGUCUUGAGCACAUGUCAGCAACCUGGUCGUGUUUAUAGGUAGGGUUUAAGCCUAUUGUUUUUUGUUGAAUUAAUGAGUUUCUUAAUGAUUAUGAAAAUCCCUUCUCUUCAUUGUAACUCAUUGUUUCAUUUGGAAUGAAACAAUUAGGUUGAGGGAGGUCAGA